GAAAGACAUCUGCCACCCCGCGUAUCCGAGCACAUCCGAAGCAGCUGUACGGCAUAAUGUGGCUGCUUCUGUUGGUACUUCCGGUUGCCAAGCGAUAGGCUCAGCGACGUAACGUUUGCGGAACGCUUUGGGUGCUCGCGGAAUUUAAUUUCUGUCUCAGGUCAAGUUGUGAAUUUUCUACAUCUGCUAAUAUUUUUGCGCGCGAUAUAUUACAUAUAUGUUCCGAACAUUCAUUUAAAUUGCAGAUCCUUUGCAAGCUUGGAAUUAAAGUUAAAAGCCUGCGAGUUUACUUCCCGUAUUCAAUCUAUUAUUUAUUAUAUAUUAAGCAAAUUCAUUUGAAAUUGCAAGUAACAAGGAUCGUAAUAAAUAAAUUUGAUCUUAUCUUGCAUUAUUUCAGUAAAACCUGUCGCAAUUAGAUCAUAAAUAUACCGAUAAAUUGCUCCGCUAAUCCGCGCGUAUCGAUCGCUGAGGUAAACAGCCGCAUAAUGCAUUUCAUUUGAAGUGGAAAUAAAAUCAGAGCGCAGUAGGAUUAUGUCCGGACGCAUUUAUCAGACGUUAUGCAAAGAUGAAAAAUCCACAAAAUAAUUACAUAUCAUCCUAGAUCUUAAAUUAUUCCCGGUUUUCUUUUCUCUUCUAGUCGUAAGCAUAGCGUUCUCCAGAUAUUUUCAAGCGAGAAAUAAUGAAAAAUAAUAAAUUAACACACAUCGAUUAUUGAUCCACAGAUCUAUUUAUUCGGUUGUUGAGAAUCUCCCAAACAUCAUGUCUGUUGAGUGAGAUCCGUGGAUAUUCGGUGGGAUCCGGUCAGGUGGUUCGACCAGGUGGGUCAAAUGGUGGGGGUACAUGCUCGAGGAUGCAGUCGGGGGAGACGUUAGUUCACCUCCGGAGGGGAAGGUCGCCGGGUCGAUCGGUUCUGCCCGCCGCGCGGGUAACGAACGUGGUUUCUCUCUCAGGUUUCGACCAUCCUUAGUCCCGCAUUAUCUUUCGUAACUCUAUUAUUUAUAUCGUAAGUUUGUCGCGCAAAUUUCAUCGAUAGAAUCGAUCACGUUUCGUUAUUCGGGGUACAACGGCGAUUUCGGUGGUCACUCAGACAUGCUUCGAUCGAUACUGAAACGGUGAUUGGAGAGAGCGUGCGGUAUGAAUAAAGAAGCGGAUAAACGAGAUGCACAAGAAAAUCUUCAACUUGAUCUCAAUAGAGAAGAUUCCUAUUUCAUUACUUCGAAAUGAACAGUGCAGUGUCUAAGAAUCAUUGAUCUUUUUCACGAUUCCUCCUACGAUGAAGUUAAACCGAAUACGGACUUUAUUCAUGCGGAUAAAUGAAGGACCGUAAAGUAUUUUAAGCGGCGCUCAAGAAUCAUCGAUCUUCAUCUCUCGAAUCACAAUACGGAUUAAAUCACGUAACCACGUAAAUUCGCACCCGGAUGUUUGAGGUAAAUAGGUGAAUGGAGCGUGUAUUAUUGUGUCGCAAUUCACCAGACUUUUCACUCUAGUGACCUUGUUUCGAGUAACGGGGACAAUUCGCGAAUUAGUAAAUUGCGCAUCCGUAAUAAUAGACUUUUCGUUCGACUCGGGGAAUAUGUAACAGUGAAUUACGAUGUGCUAAGUGCAAAAAGCGCCGAAGAAGUAACAACCGACCGAUCGAUAACGCGGUAAGCUUCCGCGAUCGAUAUCCUCGAAUAGAAGUGCAACGGUGCGUUGCACUCGCGGAAAGUCGUCGUCAUCUUCCUCGAUAGCGGUGAUAAUGUUGCCAACAGUGAUGGAGCGAUCUGUUUACAUCUUACAUCUACACGAAUACAUUGAGCGCAAUGUCAGGGCGGCCGUCCGCCUCCGGUAGCGGUCGAGCGCGAUUGACGAAGAAGCGCGAUAUUCGAGUAAAAAAUUCAACGGAAAAAUCGCCAACGAUCUAUUGUGAUUCGUGUAAGUUUAAAGUUAAUCAAUGGCGCCCAAUAGCUCGGCACUGCCCACGCACGAUCGUUUGACGUCCACGAGGGAGAGUCGAUUGUGACAUCAUCGCAUUAUCUUCGUAUCAAAUGCGUCUGACGUGUGUCAGAGUAUUCAUCUGAGUGUUUUAUAUCGAUCGGAAUACGCGAGUUUAAUCCGCGAAACGGGGCAGAAGUGACGUUUGCCGUGCUGUGCCGUGAGUGGAACGCCGAUAAUUCGCGAUGCUGCCCAAGAAGGACAAUCAGACAGAGCCGUACGUUCUGGAAGACAUGAUAUCGGAUCUCCAAGCGAGAAGACACUCGCUGGACCACGAGGACGUUGUGCAGGAUCCCACCGAGCUGCUGAAGCAACGCGAGAGAGACCUCGUCUUGGCCGCUGAACUCGGCAAAGCUUUGCUCGAGAGGAAUCAGGAGCUAACGAAGCAAGCUGAGGCCUUAACUGAGGAAUAUUCCACCAAAUUGGAAAGUUUGGAGCAAGAAAGGCAUCUACUGCGAAGGAAACUCGAGGAAGCUAGAGAUGACAGCGAAGCAAGGGCCUUAGAGCUUCAGGGCGACGUGAAAACCCUCAGGAGUCAGUUGGAGGAGCAAAAUGAGAGGGCAAGGAGGGCGGAACGCGAUCAAGCCGCUCUCGUCGCGGAGUUGACGGCGCAAAACACAAGACUGGCCAAUCAGCUAAGGGAAGCCGCCAGACAGGAAGAGCAAUUGCUUGCCGAGAUGAAAGUCCUGAGGGAAAAAUGCGCUCUCAGGAGCACGAGCCUGCAGGAUCACGUCAGCAGCUUGGAGAUUCUCAGGGACGAGGUACAACUGGUAUCGGCACAAAGGACUGAGCUAGAAAGGCGAUCCUUGGAACUGCGAGAGGAGAGGGCCAGGGCGAUUGCAGCUCUCGAGGAAGCCGAGGAGAGAGCCGCGGCCUUGGAGCGGCUCAGCCACGAGGCGGAACACCGUGCGAGAGUGGCUGAGCAAGAGAGGGACGAAUUGUCAUCGGCAUUGGCAGCCAUCGAGGCAGAAAGGAGAGCCCGCUCCGGCUCGAUACAGAAGCCACCGCGGUCUCUACAGGCAGAAAUGGAAUGCGAGGAGAGCGGCAGCUCGUUGGAGGAACAGGAGGAUAGAAGUUUGAAGACGGAAAUGGCGAGGGCGACGAAAAGGCUGAGGGAGCUGUGUGCUCAUCUGCGACGAGGUGAAGACGACUCGGGUCUGCAGAGCGACUGCGACGAAUCUAUGCUGGUGAUCAAUCUCAACAACUCCGAGCCAGAAGUAAACACGAAUGAACGAGAAGCUCAUUCUUCGCCGACGAAUUGCCCGGGCGCGCUGCUAGAGCUGGUCGAGGAGGUUUAUAAUCUCGCGCUGUCGGGCAGAGGGGCACCCGGUGAACUAGGAAUGGCGGUGGAGCUGCAUAGGGUACGAGAGGAAUUAGAGCAUUCACGGGAUCAGUGCAGGAUACAGGAGGAAGAGCUGAAACGACGCGGCGACACGAUUCUGGAGCUGACGAGCAAACUUAGCGUCUGCGAGGCGGAGCUGCGUGGAGUCAAGGAGGAACGCGACCGGGCCAGAGGCGAUAUCGAGCACUCCGAAUUGACAAAGGAUGAGAUCGUGGCGAAGGCUUACAAGGUGCGGGAUCAAGCGGUAGCCAGGCAAAAUAGGGUGGAGGUGGAACUAGCCAGAACACGAAUAGACAUCCUGCAGGCGGACAGCCAGCUGAAGGAGGCGAUCAAGCAGAAAGUCGAACUAAGUCAGCAACUGGAACAGUGGCAGAUGGACAUGCAGGCGCUCCUGGACGAGCAUGUGCGAAGCAAACUGACCCCGGCUUCGCAAAUCGUCGCCACGAGAAACGGCGAGAACUCGGACAUGUCGGCACCGGCCAGGAAGAAGAGGAGCACUGGCUCGACGAAGAAGAUGUUCGGUCUGUUUUGACGAAAGUGACGUAGCGCGAUGGCUUCGUUGCAUUGAACUGAAGCGAUCGCGACUGAUGUAGACUGUACUUUUGGUUCCUGCACAGUUAUCUCGUUAUAGAAAAAGACAUAAAAUGGAGAGAGAAAAGAUAGUGCGAAUUUAGGAGUAUUUACUAUUUUAAAGACGAUUAAAUAUGGACACUCAGCUCAAUUAUAAUGAAGAGAGAGAGAAUGUUUCAGAUUAUCUUCUGUCAUUCUUUUAAAGUUAUUCUAAAUGACUUUAUUUUCAUGGCUCUUGCGUUAUAUGGACAGACAUCGAAUCUGGAUUAAUCUUAAACUGGCGAUAAUGUAAUUAAAAAGACUAAGAUUAGCCGCUCUCGAAUUAGAUUCAUAUGGACUUAAGGGCUUUGCGAUUUGCCCUGACAUGAAACAUUCGAAUAUAUAGGUGCAUGACAUAUUUACAAAUGUUUACAUUAGUCACGAUGAAACACCUUGGGGAGUCUAUUAUAUCGGUGCUGAUGCCCGCGUGUCGACACCGAUUACAAUUUAAGUGACGCAUAACAUUCCACUUUCCCUAGUCGAUUUUUCAACCAGGGAAAGUCACGAAUCGCGACUCUUCUCGAAUCGUUCUCGUGCUAAAUUGUUGCGAAUGUAUUUUUCAUCUUCAUCUUGAGAUUAGUCGUGGUUUUUACGUGUCAUUUUUUAUCAAGCGGCUCGAUCGAUGUAAUUCACCAGAGACUGUUAUUAUUGUUCAUUUAACUUUGUAGACUGUUGAUGCAAAAAAUCUAAUGGCAUAAAAUUUUGCAUUAUGCUGCUAACGUGGAAUCAGCAAAAUGAACUCUAUUUUAUCAAAAAUAGAAGAUUCUUGUCAAGGUUUUCUCUUCAAAGAAUUGAAAUUUAAUUAUAUAAUUUAAAAAAUAUUCCUUUUCCUCAAAAAGUAAUUUUAUAUAUAUAUGCCGUUUUUAAUUCUGAAAUUUCUUCAUUGCAAACAUUUUUCUAAUUUUCUAAUUUCGUCUUUAUCGUAUUUUAUUUUUAUUCUUAAAGAUUAGAACGGUUAUUGCCUACGAUCGAGCUUUACUCAAGACAGUAUUGAUUGGUCACGAUUCUUACUUGAGACAGAAAAAAAAAUUAAUCAUCGAAAGGUGAUGAAAGA